ACGAGGGGUGACGGUAUGGUUGUGUUCACGAUUGUUGGAGUCGUUGUUGCUGUGCUGGUUGCGACAGUUGGCGUCUUAGCUCUUCUUCUUUCCAACAAAAGGCGACGCUAUGCGCAUCUUCCGAGUCCACCUUUGGUCAGUUUUUGGUUGGGUCAUGUCGCUUUGCUCGAGGAGAAGGUUAGAUCCGGUGGGUUUUCUGAGGACCUUACGGUUGAGCUCGCGAAGAAAUACGGACCCGUUUUUGUUAUGUGGCUUGCACACCUUGGCCGUGUUGUGGUGUCUGACCCUAAAGCUGCACGGCAAAUCCUGAGCGACCCUGAUGCCUUGAAACCACAGCUACUCUUUCGUUCUCUGAAGUAUACUUAUGGUAACAGGUUCCUAGGGGGCUUCCAGGCAUCGCAGAGUGAUAUGGACAAAUGGCGGAGACGUCACAAGAUUGUUGGGCCGUUCUUUAGUAGGAAGAAUACUACAGACUUGUUGGGACCAUUUAAUCAGACUUUAGACAAGUUCAUAGCGUACAUCGACAAAGCGGCUGAGACGGGGGAAUUUGUACCGAUGAAAGUAACGUUUCCUUCUCUAACGUCGGCAGUUAUUGCUACGGUUGCUGUCGGUGAAGAAAUUACAAAACUAGAGGAACUCUUUCCUCUCACUCGUGCUCUGGACGACGUUCUGGAUUGUGCCUAUCAACAGAUGGAAAAUCCAUUGUCUGAGUAUUUGCCCACUUACAGAAAUGUGUGGCAACGAGCAAGAAAGAGCUGCAACUUUCUCAGAGAAACCGGGAAGAGGUGGAUUGUGAGGAGACAGAAGGAGAUCCUGGAAGGUGCCGAGUAUGGGAAUGAUCUGUUGAGUCUAGUGCUGAAGGCUACAGCUACAAACGGAGAAUACAGUCUAGAAGAGCUCAUUGACACGGUUGUUGAUGCCUUUUUUGGAGGCCACAAGACAACUUCCCUUACACUUACUUUUGCUCUAAAGGAGAUCCUUACACAUCCAGAAGUUAAAGAUAGACUUGUGAAGGAGGUCGAUGAAGUGCUUGAAGGCAAACAGUUUGUAUCACCGACUCACCUCACAUCCCUGAAGUACCUCAAUUGUGUCUUGAAAGAGACCCUUAGACGACAUCCAGUACUUACUGGUGGACAGCGAACAUUCAAGUCUGACUUCACAGCUGCUGGACACAAAAUACCUGCUGAUUCAUGGAUUGAAUUGAGUUUCUACACGAUGCAUCUUGAUGACAAAAAUUGGCCAAAUCCUAAAAAAUUUGAUCCUGAACGAUUUGCUUCUCUCACUGGUGAGGAUGGAGGUUUGCCGUAUUUUCCAUUUGGUGGUGGCGUGCGCAUGUGUACUGGACGGUUAUUUGCAGACCAGGAGAUGAAAAUGGCCAUGUCUCGUCUCUUCCAAAAGUUCACUAUCGAAUUGGAGCAAGGAGGCAAGGAUGAUAACAAAUACAGAGAAUAUUUGCUUCUUUGCCCUACAGACCCCAUCAACUGCAAGUUCACAAGAAGACAAGAAAAGUGAAAAUGACUUGUUCUGAUCUAUCAACACAAUCAACAAAAGUACUGUGAUCCUGAUGUAUCUGUCCUUGUCUGAAAUACAUGUUUACUGUUUGUUGUAUCCAUCAUGCAUGUUUGAUUACACAUUGCAAGAAACCUCUAGACUAGUUAAACGUUACCCAACAGUGGUUGUACCACUGAUACUGGAAUCAGACUGUGUGCAUGCCUUACCAGACUUAGUGGCAAUAGAAUAGAUCAACUGAUGAGCACAAAUAUAGUACAUAGAG